AUUUUGAUAUUUUCCUGGAUGUGAACGUGUAUCUGUCUUUAUGUAUAAAAGAAAAAGAUUUGACGCCGAGCUGCAAGGGAAUUUUAACUUAAGGAGAAGAGAUGAUGCAGAGAGUGACUCCGAUGACGAUUCUGAUGAAACUGACCUUGAGAACAUUAGCGAUGAUGAACCAGAAGCAGAUCCUGUGGAUGUCUUCCAUCAUAUGUACAACACUGUUUUACACCAUGAAUACAAUUGGUCUUACGCAGGAAUAACUCUAUUAGUUUACUGGGUCAGUGGUCAAGAUCCAAAGGUCAUAAAGAGCGUCAACAGACAUUCAGAGCAAACCUUGAUUAAAAGACUCUCCGGGAUGUACAAGAAAGAACUAAUGAGAGUAAGAAUUUACCUCAACAACUCACCGUGUGAAUACUGCGCACACAAGCUGCUUGAUUUCCUAACGAGAAAAAGACAACUGUAGUUGACGAUUUACAUUGCUAGUCUUUAUAGGAUAAAACGCCGCUCGUGCAUAACAAAGGGGGAGCCACAUGUCCACGGAUUGAAAAAGAGGCAAAGCGAUAAAAACAC